AACAACUUGUUUGACAGCAUAGGUUGAAAGAAAGUCUUACCAAUGUUAAUUAAACCAACAAAUCAACAUUGAAUCGAGUUGUUAAAAAGUGAAAUUCGAGACACGAAUGCGAAAUAAAGUUGCCCAGUAAUUUUUCAACAGUAACUUCUACUAAAGCAGUGUAUUAUCAUUGUAUUAUCAUUAAAUAUCUUUAUGAACUUUUGUGCUUCGUAAACAUAACCUAUAAAACCUGUAAACAAAAAAAUGAACUCAGAAAAAAUUAAAGAUAUAGGAAAGAUAUGUAUACCAGGAAUGCGAUUAAGUACAUCGGACAAAGAACACAUCUGUGGUCCGGGCACUUACGAAUUGAAAGGUUAUAUUUACGCAUCAUUAGCGGGUAUUCUUAAAAUGGAACAAGAUGAGAGUACAAAGGCAACGAAAGUAUCUGUAAUAAGUUCAAGAACACCCAGUGUACUGCCCAUGACAGGUGAUAUUGUAACAGCUAAAGUAACCAUAGUAAACUCUAGACUAGUACAAUGUGUUAUAUUGUGUGUCGGGCCAUCUGUUCUUGUCAGGCCUUAUAAAGGUAUAUUGAAGAAAGAAGACAUAAAGUUUACAGAUAAAGACAGAAUAGAUCCAUAUAAGUGUUUCAGACCCGGUGAUGUUAUAUUAGCACGAGUUCUUCCUAUGACAGAAAUCCACUGGUAUCAUCUUUCAACUGCUGAGAAUGAGCUUGGUGUUGUCAUAGCCACAGCAGAAGGUUCACCGCAAGGAGUCAGUAUGCUGCCUAUUAGCUGGUCUGAAAUGCAAUGUCCAAAAACUUUAAUAAAAGAACCAAGAAAGGUUGCGAGGGUAAUUCCAGAAAAUAUAAAUCAAACAUUGCUUCCAAUUGAUAACAAGGGCGACACAAAAGAAAAUGGUUUAAAAUAAUAAUAAUAAAUGAAUUUCGUAAAAA